AUUCGUGCAGAAAAGAAAAGCAGGGAUCUCAGCAGCUGAACUGAAGGCACUCCAGGGAGACCUGCCGUUGAUUGUGAAAAUCAUCUUCGAUCCUGAAAUUAAAAGUAAAGCUGGAAAGGAAUUUACAAACAAGAAAAAAAAGAAGUUUGGGAUCGGACUUACAGGAUCUGGGCUUGGAAAUGCCUCAGCCUAGUGUAAGCGGAAUGGAUCCGCCUUUUGGGGAUGCCUUUCGAAGCCACACUUUUUCGGAACAGACUCUAAUGAGCACAGAUCUCUUAGCAAACAGUUCAGAUCCAGAUUUCAUGUAUGAACUGGAUCGAGAGAUGAACUACCAGCAGAAUCCUAGAGACAGCUUCCUUUCUUUGGAGGACUGCAAAGACAUUGAAAAUCUGGAGUCUUUCACAGAUGUCCUGGAUAAUGAGGGCACUUUAACCUCAAACUGGGAGCAGUGGGAUACAUACUGUGAAGACUUAACAAAGUACACCAAGCUAACCAGCUGUGACAUCUGGGGAACAAAAGAAGUGGAUUACUUGGGUCUUGAUGAUUUUUCCAGCCCUUACCAAGAUGAAGAGGUCAUAAGUAAAACUCCAACUUUGGCCCAGCUUAAUAGUGAAGACUCGCAGUCUGUUUCUGAUUCCCUGUAUUACCCAGAUUCACUUUUCAGUGUCAAACAGAAUCCUUUGCCUUCUUCAUUCCCUGGUAAAAAGCUUGCAAGCAGAGCAGCCGCCCCUGUGUGUUCUUCUAAGAUUCUCCAAGCUGAGGUCCCUUUGUCAGACUGUGUCCAAAAAGCCAGUAAACCCACUUCAAGCACACAAAUCAUGGUGAAGACCAACAUGCAUCAUACUGAGAAGGUGAACUUUCAUGUUGAAUGUAAAGACUAUGUUAAAAAGGCAAAAGUAAAGAUCAACCCAGUGCAGCAGAGCCGGCCAUCGCUGAGCCAGGUUCACGCAGACGCAGCAAAGGAGAACACCUGCUACUGUGGGGUGGUAGCAAAGAGGCCAGAAAAGAAAGGGACGGAGCCUCUCCAGGGUCAUGCCACUCCAGCUUUGCCUUUUAAAGAAACCCAGGAACUACUACUCAGUCCCCUGCCCCAGGAGGGUCCUGGGGCCAUUGCUGCAGGAGAGAGUAGCAGCCUUUCUGCCAGCACAUCGGUCUCAGAUUCAUCCCAGAAAAAAGAAGAGCACAAUUAUUCCCUUUUUGUCUCCGACAACUUGGGUGAACAGCCAACCAAAUGCAGCCCUGAAGAAGAGGAGGACGACGAGGAGGAUGUCGAUGAUGAGGACCAUGAUGAAGGAUUUGGCAGCGAGCACGAACUUUCUGAAAAUGAGGAGGAAGAGGAGGAGGAGGAGGAAGAUUAUGAAGAUGACAAGGAUGAUGAUAUUAGUGACACUUUCUCUGAACCAGGCUAUGAAAAUGAUUCCAUGGAAGACUUGAAGGAGAUGACUUCAGUAUCCUCUCGGAAGAGAGGUAAGAGAAGGUACUUCUGGGAGUACAGUGAACAACUCACACCAUCACAGCAAGAGAGGAUGCUAAGGCCAUCUGAAUGGAACCGAGACACCUUGCCAAGUAAUGUGUAUCAGAAAAAUGGCUUACAUCAUGGAAAAUACGCAGUAAAGAAGUCAAGGAGAACUGACGUAGAAGACCUGACUCCCAACCCUAAAAAGCUGCUGCAGAUCGGCAAUGAGCUGCGGAAACUGAACAAAGUCAUCAGUGACCUGACUCCAGUCAGUGAGCUCCCCUUAACUGCCCGGCCGCGGUCAAGGAAGGAAAAGAACAAGCUGGCUUCCAGGGCUUGUCGAUUAAAGAAAAAAGCCCAGUAUGAAGCUAAUAAAGUGAAAUUAUGGGGCCUCAACACAGAAUAUGAUAAUUUAUUGUUUGUAAUCAACUCCAUCAAGCAAGAGAUUGUAAACCGAGUACAGAAUCCAAGAGAGGAGAAAGGACCCAACAUGGGGCAGAAGCUUGAAAUCCUCAUUAAAGAUACUCUUGGUCUCCCAGUUGCUGGGCAAACGUCAGAAUUUGUUAACCAAGUGUUAGAGAAGACCGCAGAAGGCAACCCCACCGGAGGCCUUGUAGGACUAAGGAUACCAGCAUCAAAAGUGUAAUCAGCUUCAUUGGACCACUGGUCAGAAAUGUCUGAGUUUGUUAUGUUAUUCAUUGUAAAUUUUCAUUCUGUUUUGCAUGUCAGUUUGGCAUUAUGUACACAUUUACAAUUAGGUUACAUUGUUUUAAGAACUAAGUAGCAUAAGCGACGCAUGAUCCAAAAUACUUGAUUAUUGCAUUUUCAGAGCAUAAACCAUGGUUACAACUGCUACUGGCAUCAGAAUUGAAACUCGUAUAUUUAACUAAAUGUUUAGAUACAGAUUUCAAAAAUCUGUUAAAGAGAAACAUUUUGGAGGGGUGAAGAUAUUAGUAAAUGCCAUAUAUUGUGGCAGGUUUAUGCUCUGAACCACACAAAAAAAUCGAGGAAGCAUUUUUUAAAAACAGUUUAGAUUGUUUUUAGAAUUAUUGCUUUUUGUUCGAAUUUUCCACAACCAUUAAUGUCACUUGUACAUGGCACAACCCAGCACUCAUGCCCGUGUGCCAUAUUAGAUAUUCAUUUUCUGAGCUCAAUAUGGUGUGUGUGUGUGUGUGUGUAUAUAUGUAUAUAUAUAUACACACACACACACAUAUAUAUGUAUAUGUCUGUGCAAGUAAGAAAAAAAAGCAUAUUCUUUGUGCCUUGUAUUUUGGGGAAACUAUAAAACUGGUAAUAUUUUGUAUGAUGAAAACCCUAAUGAGGAAAAACAAGAUAUAUAGAUGGAAAAAUUAUGGGGUUUAAAUGUUUUUUUGUUGCAACUCUUUUUCAGAUUUUUUGAAUGUAUAUAGGACUAUGUUGAAAUGUAGAUAUAUGCCACAGAGUCUAUGUAUUGUAUAAAAAAAACAAAAAAAAACAAAAACAAAAACAAAAAAAAAGAUGGCUCUAGAAAACUCAUAUUUCGGUACUUGACCGGAAGAAGACAAAUACUUGCACAUUAUUACGAUUGUUUUAUUUUUUGUACCAAAGACAAAUGCAACUGAUAUGGCAAACUGCCAGUCUAAGUAAAGUUUUGCACAGCUUACAUGAUACUGUAUGAAUGUAUGACUGAAAGGAGAAAAAAAGAAAACGAAAAGGUCAGGGUUAGGGAUCUUACUGAACUGUGAAUUUUAUUUCUGUUUGGGUCCAAUUAUCUACAGAAGGAGCAUCCACACAUAUAAAUAUUAUUUUGCUGUUCCUCUAGUUCGCUUCCAUAGUAGAUAAGUUGGUGGCCAUUUAGGUGUCUGUCUUUUUAUUUCUGCACUUAUUGUAGGAAAUUUUAAUAUAUUUCAUUUUAGUAAGCUAUUGAUAAAAUAGUUUUUGGCCUUGAAAAUUUAAAGGUUAUUUAGUAUACUUCCACCAAACAACCAAAAUACAGAUUAUUUUUAUUGUAUUAUGUACAUAUAUAUAUGUAAAGAAAGAGAAAAGCUAAAAAUAUCUAAUUCUUUAGUUGCCACUUUUCCAAUCGAUGUAUUAUUGUGCAUGUAAUAUUUUCAAAGAUCAACACAAGCUUAAAACAAAAACAAAAAAAAUUUAUAGAUUUUUAUAUUUUUGUACAGGUAUUUUCAAACUAGCUUCUUCAGACUUACAUGUGACUUCUUUUAUAGUUUCUAGAACUGAGAACUAUUAACACAUUUAGUUUUUAGGUGCUCUGUUUUGCUCACAUAAAACAGCUUCAUUAGUCAGUGUUUUAACUAUGUUAAAGCUUUAUCUCUUGAGGAGAAAUUUCUUUGUCAAGGCAACAUUAUAAACCUUUCCACAGAUCUUUCCAUCCUAUCUCUCUUACUGUUUUAUUCUCAAAUCUUGUGGUUUGAAGUCUGAAAAAAACUAUACUUUAAAAAAAAAUUCCUACCUAACCAGAAAAAAAUAAUACCAAAAAUUUCAGACCUAGCUGCUGGGAGAGUAUCUGUUUCUCCAUUACCCGUCGGAGAAUUUAUUAUUUAGUUAUAUUUUGUCUGUAUAGUGUAUUUCAUUUUCUUUUACUCACCUCACCCCCGUCCAUUUGUAAGUGACAGCACAUGAAGCUAUAGCUUACAAAGGUUUGGAUCUAAAACACACAGCAACGUCUGAGCAAUGCUUACCAAGCUUCUUUGACAUUAUGAACUGUGAUGCACCAGAUUUCCUGUGUGCUGGGUGGAAAUGUACCUACUUAGUGCAUUCACACUGAACAGAUGAUAAGCUCAGAUCGAUGGUUGAAUAGAGUAUAUAAGUUCAUUGUUUAAAGUGUUUCCUUUUUCAGUGGGAGAAGGCAAAGCACAAGUUUGUAACUUGGAAGUAUAUGAAGUUUUGACAGAGUGUGUCUGGCAAAUUAAAAUGUAUUCCAAAAUCUGGCAGUUUUGCAAUCAGGUGAAAAUCACUUCAUGAUAGAGAUUCAACUGAUGAGGUUUAUAAAAUUGCCCCUUUCUAGCUGCUCUGUUAGAAAUUCUGGUUUUUGAUACUUUUUUCCUCUCUGCAAACCAGAAUUUGAUUUUUUGGUCUUGCAUUUCAAAAAAGACUUUGAAUCUGUUUAGUAGAUUCCAUAUCCUUGCAUUUCAGUGUUUUAUAUGUACUACUUAAGUUAAAUAGUUAAAAGCUUUUAAAUAGUUGAGCUUUUUAAUGUUGACACUUUAUUUUGUACCUAUUUAUAUAUGUAUGUAUAUCUUAGAAAAGCACUUUGUUAAAAAAAAAUGCAUUUUAUAUGAUUCCUGCCAUUUGCUGCUAAAUCUGGGCUGGUCAGAAUGCUGCAGCGAUACUUGAUCUCAAUAAAAACCUGGCAGUAAAAUGUAGAGUGGAAGUUAAAUCCUCUUGCUGUUUAACUUAUCAUAAAGAUGACAUAGGCAAGCUGUGCAGCUUUACAUUUUAACCAGGGGACUCUGUGGCAUUUAAAACCGUCUAGAAAUGGUUGUACUUUAAUGCCAGUAAUAAUCUGCUUCCUCUAUUGUCAUUAAAUAUAUCCGUUUAGUGUAUCACACAAACAGAUCUUAUAAGGGUAAUGUAAAAACCCCAACAAUUGUACAUGUUCUGUUUUUGAAAUUGUGGCAUGUGUUUUUGGGUGAAGACUGUUAGAGAAGAGCUCUCUAAUGGUUUUGUGUGUUCAUACAUGGUAUCCAGAUAGUCAUAAUGAAGUCCAGAACCCUACUUUCAGUGAAGGCAUUGUGAAUUCACCUCCAGUGAACCCCUUGUUCCAAAAGCAAUGAUAGGAACGUUGACUCUAGUACUACUAUGAUUUAAAAACAAACAAAAAACACAAAAAAGUUCUUCCUCGUUUUCGAUACACUGGAUCUUUGUAGAGUCUGUCUCCAUAUGAAAGCAUGCUGUCCAGUUGUUCUUGUUAAGAUCUUGUCUAAGUUUUGAAUUGGGUGCCACACUUUUUCAGUCAAUACGAUUGCUUGUUCUACUGUACCAUGUAUGAUUCUUGUCCCUUCCUAUAUUCUUCAUGACAGAUUAUGAUGUGGCUUUAUAUUGUGCCUUACUUGUACAUGAAAACAAAACGUCUUCAUUCCCUCCACUUCCUCAGUCUUUCACUUUGACCUUUUUGGUAAGAGAAUCAGAGCUAUUACAAAAACAUCAUGAAGGAGUUCAGAUGGGUACGGUUUCAAAUUCCCUCUCUUUAGAGUUAUUUUAUAUUUGUAUGAAAGACCAGUUUUGAAUGGUCUUUGAAUAUGAGGGGGAAAGAUUAGCGGUAAUUUCACUACAUCCCUUUUUUCUGACUUUCAUGAAUUUGUCAUACAUCUUCUUUCUGAUGCUUGACUUUAUUUGCUCCUUCGCAAUCGUCUGCAUUUAAAGAAAGGUGUGUUCCGUUCAUCAGCUUGAAAUUAACUCUUUCAUUUUUCCAGAAUUUUUUAGAAGAGUACCCGUUUUGUUUGUUUUAUAAAACAGAUGACACGUCUCUUUAAAAGAAACAGAAGUACAGUACUUUUGAAAUACAAUGCUGUUAGUUUGGAUUUCUUUUUUAUAUAUAAUACUCAUACAAUUAUCUCAUGUUUGCCUUCAUUAAUAAAGCUGUUAGUUUAUUCACCAAAAUGUCAAGAAUGGAUGUGCUUUUCUUUAUUCCAUACAUUUAAAAAUAUUUUAGCUGCUAAGAUUUAGUUCACUUUCUAAGAGACGAAUUCAAGUUGCCUUCAGCAGGAGUUAACAAAAACUUAGGUUCCCUUUCUUUAUAUAGUCUUCCUGAAAUUCUGUUUAAGUAUUUUCUAGUUCAUUAUGUAACAGAAUGUUAGCAUCUCUCCAAAUCUUGAAACUUGAAUUUUGAGAAUGCAUUGAAUUAUGCUUUCAGUGUUAAAGUAAAAGGUUUCAGUUAUCCUUCUAGUGAAGUCUAUUGUGGAAUACCAUUUCCCAUGGAACUGAGGCCAUUUCCACAACUUUGCACAAAACUCCAGUCUUGUUCUUCCCUUGAAUCAUGACAAAUACGUCUCACACAGUGCCGUAAUACUUGUGGAUUCUUUUGUAAUCUUUGUAAUCUAAAUAAGGGCAUUAUGAGAAGAUGACUCCAUGCUUUUUUAAUAUUUCAAACACAUUGGGAUGUAACAAUGACCGUCAGCUGUAGGGAUGGUUGUUUCGUUUUAAGGAAUAAGCGUGUGGGGGAAUGAUGAAAUGUACUACUGAAUGUGGAACGCUUCAAUAGGCAGGCAGGGUUAUGUGUUGAAGCAUAAUCCUCAUGCUUAGUAAACUGAAUGACGUUGUAGACAUUGCACCUAGGAACUGAAUUCUGCCAAACUGCCAUUUUCGUUUAGAAAAGAAAGACUUGGGGGUAGUCGUGAGGGAAUAGAACCUUAAAACUACUUUCAAAUAGUAUUCUGGAGACUUGUCGGUGACCAGUGCAGAACCGUGUGCCAAGUUCUAGGUGAACUAGGUUUGCCUCUUUCAUAACGAUGUAAUCACAGUGGUGUCAUUCAUUAAAGUCCGGGUGGAUGGGAGCGGGACUGAUUACUGUGUCUUGCCCUUCGCCCCCCCCCCUUUUUUUUUUUUCAGAACCAAAUAACAGAAAUGUGUAUGUGUGUACUGUAUCUGCCUUCCCAGCACAUUUUUAUGACACUGUAUUCCACUGCCUGCCUUUUUAACCUUCUGUCCCUAGGGUUCGUCCUGUAACUUAGCAUUGGUGGUUAAGUGAUGCUAGGGCUGACCUGUGCGUAAGAAGUCACAGAGGAGCAGAAGGGCAAGAAUUCAGAGCGUUUGUUCAUGCAAUGUGGCCGCCUCUCUUGCAUAGCCGCAUAGGAUCCUGUUUGUAAUGCUAUCAGAUUCUGUCGUUUUGUUCCCCUGUCCCCUACCCCACACCCCCACAACUGGAGCUAUGAAACUUUAUUGGAUUCAGUCUUGUCUUUUGUCUAGAAAGAAUUUUAUCUUGUUGACGCAUGAGCUGUUUAAAAUUUAUUCUAUUAAAUGUUGGUUAAUAGCUGUGCAGUUUUUCUUUUCAGAAGAAAAGGCAAUUCCAAUGUUGCCUUUGUUCUCUGUCACCUUCCAACCCCUCGGCACUUCUAGUCAGAUACAGACUCAUCUGUGUAUGCAACAUCCUUUGUAAUUUAAAAUAAAAAAAAAA